AUGAGAGUGCAUGGAUGGGUUCUGUUUUUGCUUUCAGUUGCUGCCGCAUCCACACAGGCCUUACACAGGGUGUCUUUGAAGAAAAUGCCCUCCAUUAGGGAGACCCUGCAGGAUAUGGGGGUCACCCCAGAGGAGGUCUACGCACAGCUGAUCCAGAAGACCAGUGACCCCUCACCUAGCAACGGCACUGCACCUACACCACUAACCAACUACCUAGAUACUCAGUAUUUCGGAGAGAUAAGCAUCGGCUCUCCAGCGCAGAUGUUCAAUGUGGUGUUUGACACGGGCUCGGCCAAUUUGUGGAUCCCCUCGUAUAACUGCUCUCCACUUUAUACGGCUUGCUUCACUCACAACAGGUACGAUGCCUCUAAAUCUCACACUCACAUCCAGAACGGGACAGCCUUCUCCAUCCAGUACGCUUCAGGGAAUGUGCGCGGCUUCCUGAGUGAGGAUGUGGUGGUGGUGGGGGGCAUUCCAGUGGUGCAGGUGUUUGCUGAGGCCACUGCUCUUCCUGCCAUCCCGUUCAUUUUUGCCAAGUUUGACGGGGUGCUGGGGAUGGGCUACCCCAAUGUGGCCAUCGAUGGCAUCACCCCCGUGUUCGACCGCAUCAUGUCCCAGCACGUCCUCAAAGAGGAGGUGUUCUCAGUCUACUACAGCAGGGACCCUCAGAGGAAGCCUGGGGGAGAGAUUGUUCUGGGCGGCACUGAUCCUAGCUACUACACAGGCUCCUUCAACUACGUAAACACCAAAGAGGAGGGGAAAUGGGAUGUCACAAUGAAAGGUGUGUCAGUGGGGGAGGACAUGCUAUUCUGCAAGGAGGGCUGCACCGCUGUGAUUGACACUGGCUCCUCCUACAUUACCGGCCCAGCAGCCUCAGUAUCUGCCCUCAUGAAGACCAUUGGCGCCACAGAGCUAGCUGAGGGCGGGUACAUGGUGAACUGUGAUCUGGUGAAAUCCUUACCCAGCGUGACGUUUCAUCUUGGAGAUCAGCAGUAUCCUCUCACAGAAGAAGACUACAUCCUCUGGCAAUCUCAGUUUGGAGAAGACAUCUGCACCGUCACUUUCAGAGGCCUGGAUGUCCCUCCCCCCACUGGCCCUCUCUGGAUCCUGGGGGCCAACUUCAUCGCACGCUACUACACCGAGUUCGAUCGCCGCAACAAUCGGAUAGGCUUUGCUACCGCUCUGUGACAGGCCUGUCUGGGGUGGAGGGAUCUCCCCAGAUUUCCAGAUUAAUUCAUUAUU